CGCACACGGACACGAACGUCAGCGAUGCUCGCUUGUGUGGUGCCGCCAUGGUGGGGGCUCUUCCCCUCAUGUGAUGCUUGAUGCAGGAUGCUCGAUCUUGCACCACCGGUCAGUUGCAACCAUGGAGUAUAGUUGGAAGUUCAAUGCCAUAUGUGGAACCAAUAAUUCCAAUUCGUAUAGGUGAUUACACUCGCACACAUAACUUAUUACCUUGGAGACCAAACAUUGGAUUUGAGAACACUGAAGUCAUUCCCUUGGCUGCAAAAUCAAUAUCAAGUUACGCACUGGAUACAAGCAAUAAAAUGAGUACACCGUUAAAAUUCCCAAAUCUGAUAACGGGCUAUCAUCGUAAUCCUGUUCAUGCAUCACAAGCUGCCCUUUAUACAAGAUACACGCCGCACGAGUGGUUCCAGAAACAAGUGAAAUAUUACAAUGAGGCAAAUUCGCAAAGACAUUACUCCGAAAGGAUGAGGAAUGAUGCUAUGAGAAUUAUCAGGGAUGCUGAGGAAAAGAUACAACAUGGCCAGUAUGAUACUAGUCGAAGACUUGGUGAACGAAUAAACGACGUUACUUUUUGGCGCAAUGAAGUGACAUCAGAAUUGGAAAGGAUGCUCCAGGAAAUCGAGAGACUUCAGGAUUGUCGGAGUGUCCUAGAAAAAGCAAUACGAGAUAUUGAAGGGCCUUUGCAUAUUGCAGAGGAAUGUCUUUAUCAUAGAGAAGCUAGAAAAGGCACAGAAUUAGUGCAUGACGACUCGGAAAAGUGUUUACUACGAGAAGUGAAUAAUUUACGGACGAAUCAAAAGAAACUAGAAAGUUGUUUGGAUAAAUGCAAGGACCAGUUACGCAAUUGCAGAGCCUCGCAAAAUCAAUUGGAAUUAGAUUUAAAGAACAAGGAGAGUGCUUUAGGCAUAGACACUAUUUGUCAUCAAUUGACUAAUCAUACCCAAGGAUUACAAUAUUAUUCCGGGAUUGAGAGACACGAUCCAUGUGUUUCAGAGCAAGAAACUUGGGCUGAUGCUGUGAACAGAAUAGUGCAAAGAUCCCAAACGGAACGGAACAAAUCAAGUCAAUUACGUACCACUGCCGAAAGUCUUAUCAAUAAAGUCGCUCAAGAGAUGUGGAAUACUUGGAGCAACACUAAUAACGCUUUAGCGCAUAGAUCCUCCGAAUUACUUGAGGCUAAGAGCAAGCUUCAACAGCAUUUGCAAAAGGUGCAACAGGAAAUAUUCGACGUUGAAAAGAAUUUGGAAUUAAUGCGUAAAGCUAUCGCGGACAAAAGUUAUGCAACUAAAGUUGCUCAUACAAGAAUGGAGGCAAGAAUGCACCGUCCUGAUAUAGAGUUGUGUCGUGAUUAUGCUUAUGCGAGUCUUCAGAAAGAAAUUGACGAAAUAAAUCAUCAACUUGAACGAAUGCACAAGACACUGAAAGAACUUGAGAAUCAACAUCAAAAAUUGUUGAGGACUCGAACUAUGUUGGAACACGAUCUUGCGCUCAAAAUCGAUGCGAUAUACAUCGAUAGAGAGAAAGUCUGCGGUCUUAGACGCGCGUACCCUGUUAAUGCGUUGUUUAGAUUUUAAAGGCGUAUUCUUUGUCAACGCCAUGUUCUACAUAUGAAUACUGCCAUUUACAUUUAUGAGAAUGUUCAAUCGUGUUAUUUGGAAUGCACUCCUAAAGGAAUUUAGGCUAUGUGAUAUGUCCAUAUUUUGAAGAAUUUGAAAAAAAAACAUUAAAUAUUUA